AUGGAGCGCCCGGCGCCCGGGGAGGUGCGCAUGAGCCAGGCCAUCCAGCCCGCGCACGCCAACCCGCGCGGCGAGCUGAGCGCGGGGCAGCUGCUCAAGUGGAUCGACGCCACCGCCUGCCUGGCGGCUGAAAAACAUGCCGGGGUUUCCUGUGUUACAGCCUCAGUGGAUGACAUACAAUUUGAGGAGAUGGCGAGAGUUGGACAAGUUAUAACCAUCAAAGCAAAAGUUACCAGAGCAUUCAGCACAAGCAUGGAGAUCAGCAUCAAGGUCAUAGUCCAGGACAUGUUGACCGGUAUUGAGAAACUUGUCAGUGUGGCUUUCUCUACCUUUGUAGCCAAACCAGUUGGAGAAGAAAAGAUUGAUUUAAAACCAGUCACACUUCUAACUGAGCAAGAUCACAUGGAACAUAAUCUGGCUUCUGAGAGAAGGAAAGUUCGAUUACAUCAUGAAGAUACCUUUAAGAACUUGAUGAAGGAAAAUAGCAAGUUUGAAGACCCCAUCUGUGACGAAGAGGAAGGAAUGGUUCCCACAAGUGGCACAUCUGUUCAGAGCAUUGAACUUGUCCUCCCACCCCACGCAAACCAUCAUGGAAAUACAUUUGGUGGCCAAAUUAUGGCUUGGAUGGAGACCGUGGCUACUAUUUCUGCAAGACGCCUCUGUCGGGCACACCCCCUUCUGAAGUCUGUGGACAUGUUUAAGUUCCGGGGACCGUCUACUGUUGGAGAUCGGCUUGUUUUCAACGCCAUUGUCAACAAUACAUUUCAGACCUGUGUGGAAGUGGGAGUGCGUGUGGAAGCCUUUGACUGUCAGGAGUGGUCUGAGGGCCAAGGCCGGCACAUCAACAGUGCUUUUCUCAUUUACAAUGCUGUCGAUGAUAAGGAAGAACUGGUCACAUUUCCCAGAAUCAAACCCAUGUCAGAGGAAGAUUUUAGACGGUAUCGUGGAGCUAUUGCACGCAAGAGAAUUCGCCUCGGCAGAAAAUACGUUAUUUCCCACAAAGAAGAGGUGUCACUCUGUGUACACUGGGACAUAAGCAACCAGGGAACCCUGAGUAAUGCCAAUGUGGAGGCUCUCCAGAAUCUGGCAGCCAGAAGUGGUUGGCAGGUUACCAGUGUGGUAGAAAAGAUAAAAAUAUAUACCCUGGAAGAGCAUGACAUUUUAUCUGUUUGGGUUGAAAAGCACGUGGAAAGACCAGCACAUGUGGCUUAUCAUCUCUUGUCUGACUUUACCAAGAGACCUUUGUGGGACCCCCAUUAUGUGUCCUGUGAAGUCAUAGACUGGGUGAGCGAAGCUGAUCAGAUAUAUCAUAUCACUUGUCCUGUAGUGAAUGGUGACAAGCCCAAAGACUUGGUAGUGCUUGUAUCACGGAGAAGGCCUCUCAAAGAUGGUGACAGUUACGUGGUGGCAGUGAAAUCCAUUAUUCUACCAUCAGUCCCACCUUCUCCACAGUACAUCAGAAGUGAAAUCAUCUGUGCUGGAUUUCUCAUCCAUGCAAUCGACAGCAGUUCCUGUACCGUAUCAUACUUCAACCAGAUUUCUGCUAGCAUCUCUCCUUACUUUGCUGGAAAUCUUGGUGGCUGGUCAAAAUCCAUCGAAGAAACAGCAGCCUCUUGUAUACAAUUCUUAGAGAAUGCUACUGAGGAUGGAUUGAUAAACAUAUUUUAAAUGGUAAACUUUCAAUUACCUGUAAUUUUAUUUCCCACCUUUAAUUCCGAGUACACUUAGCCCUGACAACUGGCAAGAUUUUGGGCCACAAAAUAAUUUAAUUUUGGCUUAAGCAAAAGGCAGUAAGGGGUUAAAAAAUAAAAUUGGUCUCAGGUCAAAUACCAGUGAUUUGGAUUGUAUUAUUAGAAGAGUUUUAACACUGUUUUAGAUCAUCUGUGGCUCUCCUCCCUUCUAGGGGCACGGGCAGUGGAAAUGGCCCAUAUGCAAUUUUGUAUGGACCAUAUAAUGGUACAAAUAUGGUUUAAAAUGAUCAUAAGCAUUUUUACAUUACAGAGAUGAAACGUGUUCUGGUUAAAAUUUUAUAAAAUUUUAAAAAUCAAAAAUGGUAAGUUGGCUAGUUGAUUAAUAGUGUGGGAAUAUUCUAUAUACGGCAGAUAUCUGUAUGUCACGAGCAUCUGACAAGAUGUAUUACAUGUUUUAGAGCUUUAAAUUAGGAAGACAUUAAAACAUAAUGGAAUUCAAUCAAUUUCAGUAAUAGGAACUACUUUACUAGUGUCAUUUCACAUAUAUUCAAGGUGGCUGACCAAUUUAGUAUCUAUUGCUAUAUAUACACACAAAAAGUACCUGCAAAAUGUGAUAUCACAGAGAAAGAGGGUAUUAACCGAGCUUUUCUUUCAUAACCAUUAUACUAGCACUUUAUUCCCCAGACUUCAAGAUUCAUUAUUCUACUCUGUGAUUUGUCUUAACUCCUAGGACAAACCAGCACAUGUCAAGUUGGCCUCCUCUACAGAACAACAUUUAAGAGUUGAAGGACUUCAUGAGAGUUUAGAGCAUUAAGAAGUUAGGUACAUCCUGCCAUCCGUAGGUCAAAUCUCUACCUCUGCUUCCCCUGCCUACCCCUCCCCCAGCCCAUCUACUCUCCGAGCCUAGGUCUGGUGGUUAUUUUUGUUCUGUGUCAGCAGGCUUUCAUUUACACGAACUUUGGACUGUGCUCCAAUUUUAUGAAUUAACAUUGAUAUACAGUAAGAGAGUGGAUAUGCAGGUUUAAAUGACUAUACAGAUCAGAAGUAGAUUUUUGAGAAUAUUUUUAGAUUUUAAAAAAGGUAAAAAAAUUAGCAAUAAAGGGGUUGCAUUACACUAAAAUUUUGUAUGGUAUAAUUUCAAACCUCUCCUGUAACUGAGAUGCUUCUAACGUCUGCCUAUCAGAGGUCUUUGAAUUUAUAUUUUUUUUGAAAAUUACUGCAGUAAUGACUUGAGGUGUUGGUGAAACAUCCAAGGAGGAACUGAAAUCAGGGAUAUUAGAGCAGAUGGAUUUAGGAUUCAGCCUUGGAAAAGUGAAAGAUAAGCUUGUAAGAGGUGGCAUUUCCAGAGGAUUGAUGGAAGAAUGCUAAUGACGAAGUCCUAGGGGAUGCAACAGAAUAUAUUUUUUAAAGAUUUA